AUGAUCUUCCUCGGCGCUCCUCCCGCCGGUCUCUUGGUCGACAAAAUAGGUCCUCAGCCACUCAUCGCUGGCGGUAGCAUUGGCCUCCUGAUUGGCACUUUCAUGACCUCUCUCUGCAAAGAGUAUUAUCAAUUUUUCCUCGCCCAAGGCUUUCUCAUGGGCGCAUCCAUGUCGUUCCUGACUAUUCCGAGCGUCUCAACAAUAUCUCACCACUUCACCACGAGUCGGGGCCUGGCGACCGGCAUCGCUAUAGCUGGUUCCUCGAUGGGCGGCGUCAUCUGGCCUAUCGUGUGCGAUCAGCUGCUCAACCACCGCGGUGUCAGCUUCGGUUGGACCAUGCGCAUCGUCGGCUUCAUCAUGAUCCCUCUCAUUGUCAUUGCAACCCUUACUGUUCUGCCACCAAAGUCUUCUUCGACCUCUGUCGCCAACGAGAAAGAGGGACAAGUGAUAGAAGAGAAGAAGCCAAAGCAGAAGACUGACCUAUCAAUCUUGAAGAAACCAGCCUACAUUGCUUUCGUCCUUGGAAUAACAAUCUUCAAUCUUGGGAUGUUCACGCCAUUUUUCUUCACGACCGCCUACGCCGCCAGCCUGGGCCACUCCGUCUCCUUCUCCUUCUACAUCCUUUCCGCCAUGAACGCCGCCUCCCUCUUUGGCCGCAUCGGCAUCGGCAGCCUUGCCGACAAGUACGGGGCCUUCAACCUGACCUCCAUCUCCGCCCUCGUCGGCGCCAUCGUCUGCUUCUGCUGGACCACCGCCACGUCGACGGGCGGCAUCACCGUGUGGGCCAUCGCGUAUGGCUUUUCAUCAGGGGCGAUCCUCAGCCUGCAGAUGCAGUGUGCCGCUGCACUGUCCACCAAGGAGACGUACGGGACUGCCAUUGGCCUGGCCCUUGGCUUCGCGUCGAUUUCAGGACUCGUUGGAACUCCCAUCAGCGGGGAGUUGGUGCCCAAGGGCUACUUGGUGCUAUCAGCCUAUUGCGCGAGUACUCUGAUGGCGGCGGCACUCAUUGUCAUGGUUUCAAGACUCAUUCAGAGCCGUCAGCUCUGGGUCAAGAUCUGA